AUUCCAGGGAAUGCCCAGCGAGAAUCCGCGCCUCCUCUCGUCUCCUCUCCAAAAAUCGAACCCAGCGAUGGGGAGGAAAUCGAAGGAUUCGGAUCAAGAAUCCUCGGCCGUCGUCAAAUCACUCUUCUCCGACGAUAAUCCCUUCCGCCGCAAGCCCCAGCCGGAGUCGCCUCUCCCGACGCCCGAGCUAGGGUUAGGGUUGGCUGGGAAACCGUCCAACCUCGUAGGUGGCGGCGUCGACGAUGCACAAGAGGCGAGGAAGAGAAAACGGAGUAAGGGGUCUGGAAUUCCUAAUCCUAGCUUGACGCCUGCCUCCAUUCCCAAUAAAAGGAACAAGUACGAGAAUGGAGAAGAUAGCGGGAGUCCCAAAGAGAACAGAAAGAAGAGGAAGAGGCGCGAGAUAGAGGAGGAGUACGAGAAGCGGAUAUAUGAUGCGGCGGAGAAUGUUCUCGAGGGUGAUGGGGUUGAAGGAAGGAUUGUUGCAGUCGGGGAGAAGAGGAAAGCGGCUGAUGUGGUCUCAUCAGACAUGGAGGUCUCAAAGGAGGCCUUCGAUGACGAAAGCAAGCUUAUGAGGACGGUGUUCGUUGGAAAUUUACCACUAAAGACCAAGCGAAAAUCUCUGCAGAAGGAGUUCCUGAAAUUUGGUGAGGUGGAGUCCGUCCGGAUAAGAUCCGUGCCUAUUGUCUACAGCAAGACACCCAGGGCGAUAGUGCAGGGCAAAAUCAAUGAUGCUGUUGAUAGUGUACAUGCAUACAUUGUUUUUAAAGAUGAGCAAUCAGCAAAGGCUGCACUAUCCCAUAAUAUGGCACAGUUUGGAGGAAAUCACAUUCGUGUGGACAUGGCAUGUCCACCUCGUAAGAAAUUGAGAGGAGAUGGUCCACUUUACGACAAAAAGAGGACUGUUUUUGUGGGCAACCUACCUUUUGAUGUGAAGGAUGAAGAACUCUAUCAGUUGUUUUGUGGGGUGAGCGAAAUAGAAUCUAAUGUGGAAGCUAUACGAGUUGUUAGAGAUCCUCAGACGAGCUUGGGCAAGGGUAUUGCAUAUGUUCUGUUUAAAACACGGGAUGCUGCCACUUCUGUUGCUAAGAGAAGGGACUUAAAGGUUAGAGAUCGUAUGCUUAGAGUUUGCCAUGCAAAGUCUGCGGAUGCUACACCAUCAAAGAGUUCGAGUGUCGGACCAAAGAGGCAAUUCCCGGGGAAGACGCAUGGUGUGGCGAAUGGUGGGACAUCGUCAGCAGGUGAAAAUGACAAAUCCAAGGUGAAGGCUGCUUCUCUGUCAUACCAAGGAGUGAGAUCAAGCAAAUCUGGUGUGAUGAAGAAGUCAAACUUGCGGCCACAAGUCAGUAACCAAGGGAACAACAAGAGGGGUGGAGGUUCAGAUCAGAUGGCUCCUAAAGCUAAACGGCCUGCGGUUGCUGCCAGGAAAGCAAAGCAACUUCUGAAGAAACGCAAACUGGAGGCUGGUACACCACUGAAUACCCACGUCAACAAGAAAGCAAGAAAGGAUUGAAGUCCGCAAUUUGAUCGACUCGUUGUAAUAUUUAAUUGUGCACUAGAUUGUUUGUUGGUUGCUGACCUGACAAAGUGCACGAAGAUGAAGAAAGUCUCUUCCUAGUUCUUGUAAUGUUGGCUGUGCACGACUCUAACAAACUUUUUUGUGGUAACUGGCACGCCUCCAUAAACUCAUCUUGCAUGCUGAAGGUGUGUUUUCAGUUCUAUCGCCAACC